AUGGCUAGUGAUGAUGAGAAGAACUUGGCUAUGGCUAUGGCUAUGGCCAUGGAGAUAGAUGGACCAGGAAAAGACCAAGGCAAAGAAGAAGCAGUCUCCUUCAAUACCCAUAAAAGGCCUAGAGGAAGACCCAAGGGUUGUACAAAUAAAAACAAGCAGCAGCCUUUGUCUUUUGAUGAUUCUUUGUCAGUUUCCUCAUAUGGAAGUAAUUUCACUCCUCAUUUCAUAACUCUAACUGAGGGUGAGGAAGUUGUGAGCAGAAUGAGAGGUUUUGCUCUGAGUCAUCCACCAAAGUCAUUAUUGACUAUUCUUUCUGCCAAUGGCUCAGUAUCUAUGGUAGACAUUUGUGCUGACUAUGGCAACGGUAUGUUUGAGAUUCUAUCUCUGUCUUGGACAGUUGAGCUUGAUGAAGAUCAUAGUUCUGAAAACUUUGGUAUAGGAACAUCGUUGAAUGUUUUGUUGGCUGAUUCAGAAACUGGCAAGGUUUUUGGUGGAGUUGCACAGAUACUAGUAGCUGCUACACCUAUUAAGAUCAUUGUAGGGAGUUUCGAACAAGACAUUGGUACCUCAUUUUUGUCAAGAGGCCCAAGACCAAGACCAAGACCAGUACCAGACCAAAACACAGGUCCAUCGAUAGGAGAAAUAUUGGCAGAAUUAAUUGACAGUGAUAUACCGAUAGAAGAUUAUGAUAAGCUUCUUGGUAUAAACGAGUGA